UGGCCCUCUAUCCCCUACACCGCCUUCCUCUUCCUCCUCCUCUCCCCUCCCGAUUUCUUCUCUCUCCCGCUAAAUGGAUGGGAACGCUACGGCGGAGACCGUCCCCCCUUCGGCUUCCUUGGCACACAAGCGCGCGCGCUCGGAAGACUCCGACGAAGGAGGUCGAGGCGAUCCGCGGGCGAACCAACCGCCGCCGGACAAGGUACGCGUCGAUCCGCCGUCGCCCCCGAAUCGUUUGUCUGCGUUCGGCCGGCGACAAGAACUCGGGUUCGUCCACGCGAAUCCGCCUUCAUCCUUCCCGGACCGGCGACCCGGCCGAUCCGUGCGAAGACGGCGGCGCCGCUCGUCUCUUUCCGCCGGGACGUCAGCUGCGGGGUCGAGGUCGAAGGGAGGUCAUCCAUUCUCCGAUAGAUCUACGCUCAGCCGAUCUGCGUCGUUCGAGCUUCACGGUCCAAGAAUGGCUGAGAACAACUCAAACACACCUUUUCGACCACCUGCUGCCUGCCCCAAUUCAGGUAACCAAAUGUUCCCCCCACCCUUGUGGGAUCCUCAAAUGUGGCAGGCCCAAGGUUUUGACCCAACACAGCCUAAUAUGUUUACUAAUCCUACAUCCCAUAUGACCAAUCCUAACUGGUCCCAGGGACAGAAUGACCCAUCUCCAUAUACCUUUCGUACUCCAUGGAACCCAUAUUUUGGUAUGACCAAUCCAGGGGGUCCUACAACACAAACAUCCUUCGGUCAACCAACGUUUGUACCACCCAUUCCAUGUCCACAGGUUUCGACCCAUGUUCCAAUCCAGACUGACCCUAUAAAUUUGGAAUCCGAAGCAGAACACAGUGUCCAGGAAGUGAACAGCCCUACCAAACCUUCUGAUACACCUGGGACUUAUAGGAGGACAAAGGAACAGAACUUCAAACCUGAUGAAGACCUGUUGCUUUGCAAAACUUGGCUAGAGAUUAGUAGUGACCCAGUUAUUAGCACAGGGCAGAGGAAGGAGGGUUUGUGGGCUAGAAUUGAGAAAAGGUACAAUGAACUUAGAGGUGAGUUUCCUUUAAGGUUGAAUAGGGCUCUGAGCAGCAGGUGGGACAAAAUAAGAGCAGAAACAGGAAAAUUUGCUGGAUUCUAUGCUAGAGUCUUAAGGGAAAACCAGAGUGGCCUCACAGAUAACGACAAGACAUCAAAAGCUGCAACUCUUUAUGCAACGUCACAGAAAAAGCCAUUUCAUUUCAUGCAUUGCUGGACGCGACUUAAAAACGAACCGAAAUGGGAUGCCAUGGUUCAUGGAAGCCCCUGGAGAGGCACUGCGGGGACGGAGCCUGGCCGUAGUCUUACACCGACAGGCUCUGUUAAUGAAGUUGAAUAUGAUGAAGGUGGUUCAAGAGGGAAGAGACCAUUAGGACGUGACUCCGCGAAAGCUUCAAGGAAGAAGUCAAUGUCCAGUUCAUCUCAGUCUACUGACUAUCUUUCAAAAAUCCAUGACAUGCAAGUAGCAAGGUUCAAGCAAAGUGCAGAAAAAUCAGACCUAAAGCAGCAGAACAUUGAGUUCAUGAAGGAAGUUGAACUGAAGAAGUUGGAGGUUCAAUCCAAGGAAAUACUAGUACAGGAAAAAAAAUUGAUGAUGGAAGAUUGGAAUAAAAAAGACGAAGAGCUCAACAAACUUUAUGCUAUGGACAUGGAUGCGUUACCUGAUGAAUUGCGAGCUGUUUACAUCGCAAGGAGAAAAGCUUUAAUCGAAUAUUUCAUCAACAAUCCUGUGUGACGACUAGUACUGUGUUUCAUAAGGUGUUUGUCACCUUUGUAUCGGCUUACCGUGCUCCUAUGAGUUUGGACAUGUCUAUUUUAGAGUGGUUGAACAAUUCCUUAGUUGUUUGAGUUCAUCAGCUUGUUUUUUGAACAUUGUUUAUUUUCACAUAAUUGAUAUUCAUAAUAAGGAUUCUGAUA